AUGAUGCCCGCCGAAUCGGCCGAAGAGCAGCCGAUUCUCCAGCGUCGGUUGAGCGGAAGAUCCGCGAGCCGCCGCCUUUUUGCUCCGCUCGACGAUUCUGGAGCUUCUGGAGCUUCUGGAGCUUCUGGAGCCGUCGGCGCACCCGCACCGCCGCCUUCGUCCCCAAUUCCGGCAGAAGAUGCCGGAAAACCGGCGUGUGGAGUACCCGAAAAACGCGCACCGCCGCCCGUUUUUGCAGUUUCGCAGCAGCCGACGAAUGUGCAGCAGAAACUGCAAGUGUUUCGUUCGGGUGCGUUCGGAGCCAACGCGAGUGUCGCCAGCGCCUUCCAGACGACCGACAACACUUCCCGCCCGGCGGGACUCUUUUUCGGUGCCAACGCAACCACUUCGACAGGUUCGAAUGGAUUAUGUAGACCUAGUUUUGUUAGAAAAUUGAGACCUCUUCGUUUCACAAGUUGCGCUACGUUUCGUUUGGCUGCUGUCACGUUUUACAACCAUUUGUUUCGCAAACAGUACGUUUCGCAACCAGCACACAAUUCGAACCUUGUGCGUUUUGCUAGGCCUGGCAACGCUAGAUCCCAAUUUUUCGAAGGUUACUUUUUGAAGGCGCCGAUCGCCACCGCACGACACAUUUGUGAGAGAGAUUUUCCAGUUUUGCGGGAAAAUUGGGUGCACACAUUCGUAGUAACUACCUUAAAACCGACCUAGCAGCGAAACAUUUGGUUGCAUUCCGUUACAAUUGCGAAACGUAAUUGUUGCCAAACGCAUGGCUGGUAAACGUUAAAGUUGCCAAAUUUGUUUUCGUGGCGAAACGAAGAGGUCUCGACAAAGUCGGGAUCCCAUCCAAACUGCCAUCAUCAUCGUCAUCGAAAUGUAGAAGAGAAAUUUGGAAAAUGCGAUUUUCCGGCUGAAAUUACAAUUGUUGAGCUAGAAAUUAAGAAAAGUUGCAAAAUUAGAAUUGAGAAACGCAAAUUUGUAGCCUCGACGACAUUCGGCGCCCCGUCAGGAACUUCGACAUCCGGAGGCGGACUUUUCGGCUCGACGGCCGCCAGACCCGCCACGACGGGCGGUCUCUUCGGAUCUUCGAGCGGCGGAGGCCUCGGAGGCCUAGGAGGGCUCGGAGCAGCCAAUCAGCAGCAGCAGACGGUCGUUCAGCAGGAGCAAAUCAUUCAGGUACCCGUUUUAAGGCAGAAGAAGCAUGGAAAUUGAAUUUUUCAGCAAUAUCAUCCGUUUGUGAAGGCGUGCGGCCAUCCACAAAUCACUGGAAACGAUUUUGACAAGCAGAUUGCCAUGCUGAAUCAGGUUUGUACUUUUUAAGGGUUUUAAAGUAGUUUCUCAGCAAUUUUGCCAAUUUUUCAGGUCGCCGCCGCUCUGGGAACCGGAAAAGCGCCGUACAAAGAGGGAAAUCAGAUUCAGACGUUCAAUAUGGAGGGAAAUGUUUUCGAAAAGUUUGUCGUGAGUUUCGCCCUUCUUUUGGACCACUUGCAAUGAUCCGGUCGGGACCAAACUCUGCAGGCCGCUUGGACUUGGGUUGAAGUAUAUUGGGCCCAAGUUUCAAACCGAUCGGACCAUCUGGUCCCGAGAUAUGUGGAUCGUAGGCUGAAAAAAAACCCAAAUUUGCGGCCUGUCCGGCCUCAAACCAGUAUAUCUCGGGACCAGAUGAUCGGAUCGGUCUGAACCGUGGACUCAAUAUACUUUAACCCAAGUCCAAGAAGCCUGCAAAGUUUGGUCCCGAUCGGAUAAUUGCAAGUGGGUCAAGAGACCAGGCCUCAAAAAGACUCGAAGUUUGCCCAACCCUGUUAUAAAUGCCAUUUUUAGUUGAAGAUUUCAUGAGAAUUUUCUAAUUCUCCCCCACUAAAAUGUGAAUUUUGACAGGGAAUCGGCUACAACAAGAUUUCGGAGCGAACGGACGACGAAGGCAUCGUUUCGAUGGUGCUCCGCCACCCGAUUGCCGAUUUGAACACUGACGAACGGCGCCAAAAGAUUCUCGACGCGAUUUUGGCGAUUUUCGGAAAUCCGCCAAAUGUUCAAGUGCAAUACGCACCCGGAACCACUCUCCGCUCCCUUCCCGACGGAAAUACAGAGGUGACUCAUAGAUGCGGGAUGUUUGAGAAACGCCAAAUAUAUAUGACCCAUAGAAGUAAUUCAGACAGUUAGAACAAAUUGACAACCUGUUACAGUCCGGGUAAAUUGGGCAGCCUUAUGACUGCCAAAUUUUUUUCCGAACCAUUCCCCUUCCAAUCGCUUGUCCCAAACUGCCGGCGCUCAACUUAAAAAAGGGAAACAUGUCGAAAAAGUGAAUUUUGAUUUUCAAUUUCCAGAUCUGCAUAGUGGUGAAAGAAGGCGGUCAACUGGCUCUGGCCACUCGAGUCGCCCACGCACUCAACGAAACGGCGAAACUGAAUCAACUGGAGGCCCAAUUGCGGGUGGACAAGACGAAAGUACUGCCGAAAGUAGGAAUGUCCAAGGCGCAGAGAGACCGCUACCUCGAGACGGUCCCCGACGGUUCGUUUUGCGGUUCUUCGUGGUCCACCCUUCAUUUUGCAGGAAUCGACGAGCGCAUCUGGCGCCAAGCGAUUGCGGAGAAUCCGGCGCCGACAAAGAUGUUGCCGGUGGCGGUGCGUGGAUGGGAAGCGCUGAGGGACCGGCAGAGGGCACAACUCGCCGAGGCGAAGCUCUACCACGAGGCGAUGCACACGCUCGCCGACCGCAUCGAAAAAGCCGGGGUUCGUUGGAGACAUUUUCGCAAUUUCCACCAUAAUUUUUACGAUUUUUGCAGACGGAUCACGCGCGCGCAAAUGUGCAAAUGGAGCAGGUGCGGAACGCGCACAAGCAGCUCUCUUAUCGAUUGAUUCGAGUGUUGCUCGCCCAAUGGAUUUCCGCUCGUUUCUCGCGUCAAAUCGACACGGACGAGGAUCAGAUUGAGGCCAAGUGCGACACGCUUCUCGCGCAACUCAACCGACAGCACCAGAUUAAGGUAGGCAGCAUUGCUGGUGGAUAUUGGAAAAACAAAGAAUAUCCGUUUAGUUCUUCGUCGAAAAAUUCUACGAGAUUCUGGAGACGAAGGCGGACAAGCUGCGCGAGUCGAUGUACACCCAAUUCGACAUGCACAUUGAGGACGAGCAGUACGCGCGCAAGUUCCUCACCGAAUUCGUCUAUAUUGCCGAAGAGCUCAUCGCCACGUCGAAUCUGCAAGUGGAGGAGCUCGAGCAGUGCCGCAGGACGCUCGAGGGAUAA